GAAGGGGUAGAGUAUGUUAAAAAUACAAAAGAAAGUGAGGACAUGGCGGAGCUACAGGUUGUCAAAGGAAAAUUUAGGCUGUGGAUAGCAUCCCAAAUUAAUACAGUUUUGGAGAUCGAGCUUUGCGUGGUCUUGACAGCAUCAAAUGUCCUGUCUGGUUGUGGUGUCUACGAUGGCACAGAAAUCCAUGAGGCCUCAGCCAUACUGGUACACCUUAGUCGUGGAGGAGCUGAGGUUCAGAUGUAUGCUCCGGAUGUUCCUCAGAUGCAUGUUGUUGACCACAGUAAAGGGCAACCAGCUGAAGCUGAGUCAAGGAAUGUUUUAGUGGAAUCGGCAAGGAUUGCUCGUGGUAAAAUUGCAAGCCUGGCUAAGCUUACUACAGCAGACCAUGAUGCUGUGAUAUUCCCUGGUGGAUUUGGAGCUGCUAAAAACUUAUCUACGUUUGCUGUUGAUGGGAAAGAUUGCAAGGUGAAUACAGAAGUUGAGCGUGUCUUGAAAGACUUCCACAAAGCAGGCAAACCUAUUGGUCUUUGCUGCAUUUCACCAGUGUUGGCAGCAAAGGUUCUCUCUGGUGCUGAAGUAACUGUGGGCCAUGAAGAAGAGGAAGGUGGCAAGUGGCCUUAUGCUGGAACGGCAGGAGCCAUUAAAGAACUGGGAGCAAAGCAUUGUGUGAAAGAAGUAACUGAAGCUCAUGUGGAUACAAAAAACAAGGUGGUGACUACCCCAGCAUUUAUGUGUGAAACAGAAUUACAUAAGAUCUUUGAUGGCAUUGGGGCCAUGGUAAAGAAUGUGCUAAAAUUAACUGGCAAAUAAAAAUCAGAAAUGUUUAAAUUUAGGGUGUAUUAUCAAAUACAAUAUGGACCAAUGGAAACAUUUUCACCUGCUUGUCCUGUUCACGCUCUAGUGAAUGCUGGUAUGAAGCUGAUUGAUUCCCAGCUGCAGGGUUUUCCAUGCCCUUUCUGAGAGAAGGGCCUGCAGAAGGACUUACGGAGUACAAGGAGUAUGGCCUGAGACACUGAGCAUUUUCUUGAGCUUUUUCAGCUGGAGAGAGUUGU